GUCAGUUCACCACGGCAACAGCUUAUGACAACACUUUCUUCUCCCCAGCUUCUGGGUGUCCCUUCAGGUCUUCUGCUGUAAGCUGUGCUGAGGGGAAGGGUGUGGGAGGUCUCUGACCUCACACCAUGGGGGACAGAAGAGGUGACAACUUCGAAAGUAGGGACACUGACUGCCUUAAAUUGGAGUUAAUGGAAGAAAUCCACAUGAGAGACUUAGUACAGCUUUCAAUACUUGAAUUAAGACAGGAGAUAGUGAAACUGGAAGCCAAACUCAAUACUGAAAAUAAAGGUGGUGAAUGGAAAACACGUUAUGAAGUCCAACUUGGACUGAAUGAUCAUCUAGUAAAGCAAAUUGCUACUCUCAAAGAGAAAAUGGAAAAACUCCGUGGAGAUCCUUCAGAUAGACUAUCUUCUAUUCGUGUCUAUGAGCGAAUGUCAGUGGAAUCCUUAAAUACAUUACUUAAACAGUUAGAAAAAGAAAAAAGGAGUCUUGAAAAUCAAGUGAAAAAUUGUGCACUUAGAUUGGAACAAGAGUCAAAGGCUUACCACAAAACCAGUGAUGAAUGCCGUGCAUACCUAGCUGAAAUGUCUCAGAUCUCUAGCUCACACCAAGUUUCUAAAAGGCAACAGAUGGAUCAACUUCAUAGAAUGAAACAGAAUCAUGUGAAAACAGGAAGAUGUAAUCCAACUAAUCAGAAGAUAGUAAAUGCCAAGAAAGGACCAGCAAAAAAGAUUACAAGAUCAAACCAUUUUCCAAAACUCAAUCUGUGAUUUCAAAACUGGGUGGAUUUCUACUUCUUCCCUUUCUUCAUCUGUAAUAUUCAACUCAUGAAGUUAAUGUUCAGCACAUUUUUGGGGUAAUGAAAUAAUUUUUUUUAAAAAGAGCCAUUAAACCUCUUUGGCUCCUCUUCCA